ACACAGUAUAUGAGGGGUUGUGUGAAAAUUAUUUUUCUCUCCUUGAACAACAAAGACAUAGAUUCAAAGUGCUUCUUUUGGACAUACUGGCUUUGCUUUCUUUCUUUUUUUCUUCUCUCUCUUCUAUUUCUUGUGGAUAUUAUGGCUAAUAACACAACAAGUUUAGGGAGUCCAUGGCCAGAAAACUUUUGGGAGGAUCUUAUAAUAUCCUUCACAGUAUCCAUGGCGAUUGGGCUAGUAAUCGGCGGAUUUAUCUGGGCUCUGUUUGUUUGUUUGUCUCGAAGAAGAGCCAGCGCCCGCAUCUCACAGUGGAGUUCAAGUCGGCGAUCUCGAUCCUCUUAUUCCCACGGCCUCAACAGGACUGGCUUUUACCGCCACAGUGGCUGUGAACGUCGAAGCAACCUCAGCCUGGCCAGCCUCACUUUCCAGCGACAAGCUUCCAUGGAACAAGGAAAUUCCUUUCCCAGAAAAUUAAGUUUCAGGGCUUCGACUUUCCAUCCAUUUCUGCAAAGUCCACCACUUCCCGUGGAGACUGACAGUCAGCUGAUGACUCUCCCUUCCUCCAAUACCUCUCCCACCAUCAACACUGCCCACAGCCUGAGCCGGCCGGACUUCCACUGGUCCAGCAACAGCCUUCGCCUUUCGCCACUGCCGCCGCCUGCCUAUGAGUCCAUCAUAAAGUCGUUCCCAGAUUCCUGAGUCGGGUGCUCUCGUUCUCAAUUGGUUUCUUUCUUGUCUUUUAUUGAAAGGAUAUCAUAAAUAGACUAAACAGAAUUUUGAGGACAUGGCCCAAAU